AUGUCGUCUCACUAUGUUCUGUUACUUAUUCUUCGUAUUUCUGUUUUUGGUACAUUUUUUGGUCAUGGAUGUUUAGCUUUAAGGUUUGUACCAGGAUGGUUGCCUUAUCUUGGCGUGGUUGGUAUAGGCACGAAAUGGGCUCGUAUUCUAAUGCCAGUUAUUGGUCUAUUAGAUAUUAUAAUUGCUUUUGUAUGUCUCUUUAUGGAUGCAUGUCCUCUCGUUUAUUGUUGGGCAUUUGUUUGGGGUUUAGCGACGGCUCUUAUACGUCCAAUCGCUGGCGAGUCAAUUUUUGGAUUUAUUGAGCGCACAGGAAACUUUUGUCCAGCACUCGCUUUGCUCCGGCUAGCCAGUGGUCAAGAUUUUGGGUACUAUUUGAUGAUUUGUACUCUUAUGACAAGUAUUCUUGCAAUUUUUGGAGUUAUCUUCAGAGUAACUGGUUUGAUGAAGAAUUGA